CUCUGCAUCGUGCCGCCUCUCGUUCUUCGGCCCUGGCCCGGCGCCUCACCAACAAAGCAGGGCGCGGCCGGGACCCGUGCGGAUCCCCGCCGGCCGAUGGCGCCCAAGGCGACGAAGGCGAAGGCGGCCUCCAAGGCGGCCUCGGCCAAGGCGGCCCCUGCGGCCGCCAAGGCCAAGGCCAAGGCCAAGGAGGGGCCCCGCUCGCCCGCUGCGGGCUCCGCCGCCGCCGCGGUGCGGCAGUCUCGGUCGGGUGCUGCCGUGGCGGAUGACGACCCGAAGGUGGCGAAAGCGGAGCGAAUGCUGCGUCUUUGCCUCGAGGAGACCGAGAUCGCAAGAGUCGACGGCCGUGUCCUCGACAUCGCCGUCAGCGAGGCGCGGGUGACGGACGGUGUUGAUGGGAAGCUGGUGGCGCUCGCGGAGGCGCGGUUGGAGGAGGUCCGUGCCUUCGAGGCGGAGCUCAAGAAGGCGGCCGAUGAGUUGCGAACGAGGAAGGACGCGGCCAUCGAGCAGCACAACACAGAAAAUGAGGCUUUUGCGGACGCGUACGAGGCGCGGCAGCAGCUAAAGAAGGAGAUUGAGGCGUUGUUUGAUGCAGUGGGCGAUGGAGAUCUGGGCAAGGUGCGCAGAUUUGUGGACAAAUGUAUGAUUCUGGAGGAAGGCACCCCUUCACCACCGCCGAUGGCUAUUGAUGUUGAGGACCAUGAUGGAAACACACCCCUCUCGGAAGCAGCAUGCUACGGCGAAGUCGAGAUUGUCGAUCAAGACGCUUGCGGCGAAUCACCGCCGCCCUCCGCAUGCUGGAAGCGCCGGUGUGGCC